AUGCGGUUGGGAGUUGGGUCUGUUUGAUUCCUUGUGCUUUUUAUAAAGGAGCCGCUUCGCUGUUAUGAAAUUGGAAGUCUGGAUAAAGGGGACGGCGCUUUGUUUUGAGCCGGAAAUAACGGGAAAUCACUUUUUCUUUGUAUUGUUUCCAAAACUUUAGAGAAACCUUUCUCACCCCAGGUGCUAUGUUUUUGAGUAGCUGUUGAUUUACAAGUUUCUGGGAGAACCGGGUUAAUUAAGGAGUUAGUGUAAUUCUGUAUGAACUUUUGCAGAGUUGCUGGAAGAAGAUGCUGCUGUUGCUGUGUGCAGUGCUGGGGAGCUGUUUCCUGCUGGGGGACGGUAGGAUCACCAGGCGCUCCCCGAGCUGCCCCCAGUUCUGUGAUGUGUCUAGCUGCCCGGUGCUGCCCUCUGACUGCUGGUCGGGGCUGGUGCUGGACGCUUGCGGCUGCUGCCGGCUGUGCGGCGCCGCCGAGGGCGAGUCGUGCAACGGCCGCGGGGACGAGGUCAGAUGCGGGGAAGGGCUGCGCUGCUCGGUGCCGCCGGCGGUCAACUCGGCCAAUCGGUGGAUCAAAGGCGUGUGCGUCUGUGACAACAGCGAGCCGGUGUGCGGCAGCGAUGGCAGCACCUACCGCAACGUGUGUGAGCUGAAGGCGGUGAGCCGGCGGGCACAGGCACUCAACCAACCGCCCGUCAUCUUCAUCCAGAGAGGAGCCUGCGGACUGGGUCAGAAUGACCCAAACAGUCUUCGACAUAAAUAUAAUUUUAUCGCUGACGUGGUGGAGAAGAUUGCUCCUGCCGUGGUUCAUAUUGAACUUUUCCGCAGGGCAACUUAUUCCAACCGUGAACGGUCUGUUGCGAGUGGCUCAGGCUUCAUUGUCUCUGAAGAUGGAUUGAUAGUGACUAAUGCACAUGUGGUUACUAACAAGCAUAGAGUGAAAGUGGAGUUAAAGAAUGGAGCCACAUACAACGCCAAAAUAAAGGAUAUAGAUGAAAAAGCAGAUCUUGCUUUAAUUAAAAUAGACCCUCUGGGUAAGUUGCCAGUGCUGCUGCUAGGCCGCUCCACAGACUUGAGACCUGGCGAGUUUGUGGUGGCCAUUGGAAGCCCUUUUUCCCUACAAAAUACAGUGACCACAGGAAUAGUGAGCACAACUCAGCGAGGAGGAAAGGAGCUGGGCCUUCGAAACUCCGAUAUCGAUUACAUUCAGACGGAUGCGAUUAUCAAUUAUGGAAACUCAGGGGGGCCAUUGGUCAAUUUGGAUGGUGAAGUUGUUGGAAUUAACACCUUGAAGGUGACUGCUGGAAUAUCAUUUGCAAUUCCAUCAGACAAAAUUCGACAGUUUUUGGUGGAAUCGUAUGACCGACAAGUGAAAGGACAGGUUCCAAUAAAAAAGAGGUAUCUAGGAGUUAGGAUGAUGACACUUACCCCUAGCUUUGCAAAGGAACUGAAAGAGCGCCAGAAGGAUUUUCCUGAUGUUAAUGCUGGAGCCUACAUCAUCGAGGUCCUUCCGCGAACACCAGCUUCCAGGGGUGGCCUGAAGGACAAUGAUGUGAUUAUUAGUAUCAAUAAACAAUUGGUGACUUCAUCCAGUGACGUCAGUGAAGCCAUUAAAAAGGAUCCAAACCUGUCAAUAGUGGUUCGCCGAAGCAAUGAGGAUGUGAUAAUAAAUGUUGAGACUGAAGAAAUUGAACCUUAAAGUGAGCUGGAUCUCCUUGCCAAUAUGACUGAUAUAACAAAGAAUCUGGAUCUACAUAAUAGCUUAUCAACCUGUUGAUACUUUAUUGCACAACACCAGGAGAUAUCUGCAGCUUGGAUAUAUUCCUGUCUAGGGUUACAAGCUGAGAUGAUCCUGAAGCUAUUGAAAAUUAAAACCUGUUUCCUCCUUGCA